AGCCACUCCUACAUCCCCGGCGAGCAGCUGCAAGACAGACGGCACUUUCAUGAGCAACAAGCGCAAGCGGCAGAGCCGCCGGUCCUCCGCCUCGUCGUCCUCCUCGGUCUCCUCCUCGUCCACCGCCGGGGCGGACUGCCCCUCCGCUGCCGCUGGCGCUGGCCCCAGGUCCGGCUUUUCCGGCUUUUGGUCGGACGCCGAGCUGGAGGCCGGGGCAAGGGGGGACCAGGAAGAAAGCGGGAGCGGAAAAGGCGGCGAAAAGGCCGACACCGACUACGAGGGCUUUUACCUGACCAUCGGGGACGUUGUGUACGAGAUCGGCGUGGGGGACGCGGUGGCGAUGCGCAGCCCCGGGGGCCGGGCGGGAGACGCUGACGCCGAAGGGGCGGCCGGGAACGACCGGGACGAGCGGAGGCGCCGGCGCCUGAAGCGCAUGGCCGAGGAGGAAGCGGCGGCCGGCGGAAACACGGGCGCAAGCACAAGCGCAAACCCGAAUCCGGCCGGCAAAGGCCUCCCGCCCAGCGACGCCGACUACGAGGCGGACGCAACCACCGGGGGGGCCGGGGGCUACUACCGCCCCGGGGAGAAGGAAGGGACCGCCAAAGGCACCGAGGCAAAGGCCAACAGCCGGCCUUCCGGUCCCGGCCCCAAAGCACCACCCCCCGCCAAGGCCGGCGACGGCCUGAUGCUGGCCCGGGUCGAGCGGGUCUGGAAGGAAACCGGCCGCAGGGGCCGGGUCCUCUUCCGGGCCCGCUGGUUCCUCUCCAGGGGGGACGUCGACGCCCUCCCGCUGGGGGACAUCGAGCAGGGGCCCAUCGGGUCGGCCAAGCGCUUUGCGAACGCCAUCACGGGGCACGACCUGGUCCUCAGCGACCAGUGCGACGACAACCACCUGACGACCAUCUGCGGCCUGGUGCAGGGUAAGGAACGGACGGAGCAAAGUUCGGUCUAGCGGGAGUGCUGUCGCGAUUUUGCGUUUGGGUUUGGGAUUGGGAUUGAUUGUGGUUGCGACUGUUCUAGCUCCGCGGUUCCAUCUUGUGUUGCCUUGAUGCACAGCAUGUGCCAUGUGAUGCGAUGCGAUGCGUUGUUGUGGAACCCUGCAUACAUCCAGCAAUGUGCUGGUUUGUGCCAUUCCGUUCGUGUCUGCGUCGGUUUGGAGGAAUCCGAGUGGCUCCGAUCGACUCAGAUCCUUCCAGACAGUUAGAAUCGAAUCGCUGCCUUUGCUGUUUCCCCAAAACUCACCCUCGCUUGUUCGUCCCAUCGAUCCGGAUCUUUUUCGUCUUCGAACCGACCAUGCCGUUGCCGCAGUCCUGUACCGGAACCCGGCCAGCAAGGAGAAGAUGCCCACCACGAUCCUGCCCACGACCUAUCUCUGUCGCUACAGCCUCCGCAUCGACGACGGCCACCGGGUGGUCAUCCUGCCCUACACGGGGCUCGAGGACGCCUGGAGCGAGAUGACCCCCGACGCCCUCGACGCCAAGAAACGCCCGGCCGGGCAGGUCGACUCGGACCGCGACGACGAGGACGGUGAACCCGGAUACCCCAGCGGCAGCCCGGAGGGAAAGUACCUCCAGUCGUCGGGCCACGGCGGUUCCGACGGGAACAAGAGGCGCCGCGUCGGGGAUUUUGCGGCGGACGAGGGCAUCGACGAGGGCACCACGGAACAGAGGGACAUCCAGGUCGGGAGCAACUACCAGGUGGGAGUCCCGCCCUUUGUCCCCAACGACCCGACCGUCGUCGUCGCCUCCCGGAAUCCGGUCCGCCUCUGGAAACCCGGCGCGAUCGGCCAGAAGGGACAGGACGACUACAUCGAGCGGGCCUCCCGGAUACUCACGCCCUACCUCCGCGAGCACCACCUGACGCAGGAGGAGCCCUACGCCCCGCUCCCGACGGAGCGGAUGGAGGAGCUCGCGAAAUCCAUGGACUGGAGGCGGCUCCCGACCCUCUCCUCGGUGUCGACCUUCUCGUCCCUGGCCACGCAAAGGGUGGACGCCCUGAGGGAGGUCGACAUCGACGCCCUCCUGAGGAACCUCCACGUCUCCAACUACAGCGUCGACGCAGCCAUUGCCGCCAUCGAGGCCUCCCCCCGGGACUACAUCGCCGCCUGGUCUCCCCACGAAAAGGCCAGGUUCAACGCGGGCUUUCGGCGGUACUCGGGGUCCCUCCGGGCGAUCUACAAGGGCAUGGGGGACAAGGCCCUCCCAGAGGUCAUCGACUACCACUACCGCUUCAAGAUCCCGGACCAGUUCCGGCGGUUCCAGGAGCGGAAGCGCGAGCAGGCCGUCCGCAUGCUGGAGUGCAUCGAGACGCGGCGGAACUCCAACGCCCCCAUCGUCGUGUCGAAGAGCAUCCUGGUGGGGCCGCAGGGCGGGGGCGCCGAGGAGCACCACCGGGACGGAAGGGGCGACUGGUGCGUUUUUUGUGGUCGUGUGGGUUUGUGGUCUUUUUUUGGGGGCCCGUUGCGCGAUCGACCGCCGCGGGCGUGGUUCGUUGCCUUGUGGUGGCCGUGCCAUCGAUCGAGCAGCAACCCGUUGCGCAGAUGCGAGAGCCUUGCUUCGUAUCUGCUGUGCUAAAUGUUCGAUUGUGUUGUUUUUCGUCUUGUUUUGUUUUCCCACUCUUGUUUAUAGGAUGAAAGCCGGCAGCUCUUCGUUCAACGUUUCCGUGGAGGAGCGGCGCGUCAAGGCCAAGGAGCUCCUCCUGGAUGUGGAAGCGAAUCUCGGAACGGAAACGAUGCUCAAGGUCUUUGGCGUCUUGAAGAAUGCGGACGAAACGACCCUUGUGCAAUGCAAAACGAAGCUCCUCGAUAUCUUUCGCGGCCACAAGGAGUUCCAGACGAGGUUUCUGGAAUUUUUGCCGCAGCAAAUGCGUCUAUAAAUACUACUGGGAAGCGACUUCGAAACUAAUCCAGAUCUGUUGUUGUCGAGAUGAAGAUGCUGUGGCAGCAUCUGCCUAUUUGAGUGGUGUAGCGCGACAAAAUUCAUCACUAACAUUUCAAUGCGAUUAGGGARCUUUCAAAACGAAAUUCAAGCGCUGAUCAUUUUAUUGGUCUCGCUUAGUAUAGAGGGAAGCUAUAUUCUGCUCCGGUGGCAAAUACACAAUCAUUUCAAUGUUGGAAGAAAACUAUAAAUAUCUACGGGAAGCUCGGACGGGAAUAUGCGUCCUACUUCUCGAUCAUGUGGCGGAUCUGAAAGUCUUCGAAGGCGCGAGAAACGAUCCGCUGAACUUGUUGUCUCUUUCUGACAGUCAUGGUUCGAGACGACGACGAAGCUUCUUCUCGCAGCUSCCGAGUGAUGACAGCAAAUCCCUGUAGAUACGAGAAGACGUCGCAAAAGGCUUUCCAGGACAGGACAGAAGCGAGAUGCCCGUUGAYGGCAAAGACCGCUCCGAAAUCUUGUGUCGUCCCAGGGGAUUUUUCAAACCUGCAUCGGAUGGACCAAACUGCGUAUUGCGRGAGGCCACGGAUGCAUCUCACMACGUGGUCGACAUUGUGGGUGAUGUGGCCCCGCAGGUACUCGGCGGUUUUGCAAGCAGCAAAAAGCAUCAUUUGGUAAAAGUUCCCGACGGAAGUUUCGAAUGUGUUGAUCGAUGAAUCGUAUAAUAUAGGAAGACACCUGGGAUACACAAAGGUCCGUACUCGAAAUUCCAUUUUUCGACCCUCGUUCCCRUCGUAGUCGAUGGUGAUACCAUCCCGAAGCUUGCCUCCCUGGAAUCGCUCGUAGUCGCAAAACACUUCGCCUGUCUCUGUAUCGAACAAAAAGCCGCACCAAGGAAAGAGCACGCUGCCGCUACGAUUCAGUUUACUGCUGACGGAGAGAGAGAUACUUUGAGUUCUUCCGUCAUCUGCGUUUCUCHGUACAAACGACCUUACAUUCACUAGGGUCUUYUUGGAAUUCACCCGAGCCCCAAGCUCGGUUAUACCUUCAUGAGUCCGGUCAAGGAAGCCCUGAAAUGCCGCUYUGUCGGGACUKAUAAAAAGGAAAUCGUCUACGAAGCGAGAGAUCAAGUGCAUAGCUGGUUCGGUUGGUGUUGACUUGGCAUUAGCCGUAGAAUUUGACCAAGGCAAAUGCCCACCRUCCUCACUAAACAUUAAUUUUUCCA